UCGCCCUGAGCCCCGCGGCCCUCGCCCCUCGCCCUGGCCAUGGCCCUGCGGCGGCUCCUGCAGCCCAGCCCCGCGGGCGGGGAGCAGGCGCUGCCCACGGACGGCAGGAGGAUGCAGCACCUGGCCAGCACGGUGGGCACGCUGCCCCGCGGGCGCAGGCAGCUCGCCUUGGCCAGAUCCAGCUCCUUGGACGACUUCUCCAAGCCACAGAGGCACCUCGUUGCUAUACUGAAAGAAAAUAAGGAGACGUUUGGGUUUGAAAUCCAGACUAUUAGGUUUCCACACCAAAAUGAUUUCUCCCUGGAGGUAUGCACUUGUGUCUGCAGAAUCCAAGAGGAAAGCCCUGCCCACCUCUCCGGCCUUCAGGCUGGGGACAUCCUCACCAGCAUCAACGGCGUGAGCACCGAGGGCUUUGGUCACAAGCAAAUAGUGGACUUGAUAAAGUCUUCAGGGAACUAUUUGAGGUUAGAGACCGUCAACGGGGCCUUGCUCCUGAGGAAAAUGGAGCUGGAGACCAAACUGCAGGCUCUCAAGCAGGCGCUGCACCAGCGGUGGGGGGAGCUGCGGGCGCUGCUGGCCCGGGAGCGGCUCCUGCUGCACGGGGAGGUGAACGACAACGCUCUGCUGGGCGCGCUGGAGCUGGGGGAGCCCAGCUCGUGCGGUGGCUGCAGCUCCCCGGGACCCUUCUUCCCAGGCAAGCCCCGCUUCUCCAGCGAGAGCAGCUCCCGCAGCCGCCUGAGCUCCAUGACGGUGGGCAGCGAGGACAGCUUCUACCAGGGCAGCGCCUUCGAGGACUCGGCUGCGGAGAGCCUGAGCCGCCAGUCCAGCGUGGACGAUGACUGCGUGUUCCCCCGGGCCGGGGCCGGGGCUGCGAUCAGGAGCUCCCUGCGCAGGAACCGCAGCAUCAGCCUGGCCAGCAGCGGCUCCGCGUCCCCGCUCUGGGACAGCAGCAGCUGCUCCAGCAGUUUUGGGACCCUCCCGCGGAAGAGCCGCAGAGACAGCGUUCGGAAGCAUCUUUUGAAAUUCAUUCCAGGCUUUCACCGGGCAGUGGAAGAGGAAGAAAGCCGCGUCUGAUGUCACGCGUGUCACCCUCGAUGUCUGGGCUGUGGCCUGAGGCUGCGCCCACUGGGGCACACCGCGGUGGCACCGCAGGGCUCUCCCCCGGACAACAGCUCCGAUGAGAGUCACACGGCUCUGGGCUUUUAAUUAUUUUCAUUUUUAAUCAGAGCACGCUGUGGACCUCUUCAUUAACGUGAAAAAUGAGCGACUCCAAAAUGUGAAGAACCUUUGCAGAACUUCCUCAGCGAACUUUACUGUUAAUAACAGUUUUUAAUUGAAUGCUAAAUUGAUAGCUAUUUAUUUCCUGUUACCGGAGUCAGUGUCUUCCAAAGGUCUUUAAUAA